AUGAGAAGUACCUCCAUGCACCCUUCCAAGUCAGCCUCAUCUUCUAGCCGGCCUACAUGGAUUGAAGAGAAAAUUACCCAACUCAAAUGUGUCGAAUACGUUCCGUCUAACGACUCUUCCAAUCGAUGCAAUUGUGGUCGACUCUUGGAAGAACACGACCCUGCGUUGAGCCGGGCUGUGCGUAUGAGCUCUGCGAUGUGUCAAAUCGAGUCGGAGGGCGAACGAUGGCAGAUCAAAAGGCACACUUGCGAGGUUCCCACGACAGCCUUUGGCACUGUGGAAUUCCAAGGCGGACCGCAUCCCACCAAGGCCAGGUACGUGAGGCUGAACUACGAGACACCUCCAGAGACUGUGGUGCAGCUGCUGCUGCAGGAGUGGCGUCUGCCCAUACCCAGUCUGAUCAUCUCGAUGCUAGGGGGUCUGGCCAACGCAUCGCUUCGGGCUAGGUUGGGCUUCGUGGUGAAGCGGGGCCUGCUGCGAGCAGCCAAAACUACGGAUGCGUGGGUCAUCACCGACGGUCUGGAUACUGCCAUCUGUUGGGUGAUUGCCUUGAAAAGCCAAGAAGUGACGGCAGUAAAUAAGGAUUUAAUUGUUAAGUCUGAUAUUGACCUUAGCGUUGAGGACGUUGGCACGAUUCACUUUAUUAAUGUCAUUCAAAGUGUCCAGAUGAUUUACGGAAGUUCAGGAGUCGAGAAAGUCAGACAAAGUGUUAGCGCCAUUAAUGCGCUUGGUGGAAGCGUGACACGGCUCGUGGGCGAGGCACUGAGAGAGGAGGUGCACGUCCGGGGCUCCAAAAUCGUCGUCAUUGGUAUCGCGCCCUGGGGUGCGGUGCAAGAGCGCAGCAUGCUUAUUGGUAAAAAUGGCACGUUGGCGGGCAAGCAGGAGACAGCCCUGAACCCGCACCACAACUACUUCCUGUUGGCAGACAAUGGGACAUCGGGCAAAUUCUCCUCCUCUGGAAUCUGUCUUCGACGUCGACUUGAACAGUACCUCGCGCAGGAGCGUAUUGGCCCACGCAAACUAGACGGUCUCAAAUCGCGAGUGCCAGUGGUAGGUGUGCUGAUAGAAGGUGGGGUCCAGACCUUCCGCAGAGUCUUUGAACUCCUCACUGGUAGCAUCCCCGUUCCCGUGGUCAUCUGCGAUGGCUCCGGACGCGCUGCGGACCUCCUUGCCUUCAUGUGCCGACAUGUUGGACCUGAUGGAGACCUGGUACCAAAUCUACGAAGAGCGAUGAUUGCCAGCAUUGAAAAAACCUUCCAGUUAGGAAAUGACAUGGCGGAAAGUGUCUACUCGGACAUGAAUUUGUGUAUGAAGUUUUGUCACCUCAUAAAACUGAAUGAUAUUUCAGCUGAUGCCUACCACAACGAGAUCAUGAGCGUCUUUCGGAUGGGAGAUGGAGCCUCGGACGAAAUUGAUUUGACUAUUCUAACUGCACUGCUUCAGGCUCCCGGACAGGACCUGAAGCCGCUGGACCGGCUUUCACUCACCAUGGCAUGGGAACGUCCUGACAUUGCGAGAUCACAAAUUCUUGUCAAUGUUAAUGACUGGUCGAAUAAGAUCCUGGAAAAUGCAAUGACAAGCGCCCUUAUUGACGAUCGCUUGGAAUUCGUGCAACUGCUACUGGAGAGGGGCUUGAAUAUCUACAAGUUUCUGACGGUUCGACGACUGGUAGAGCUCUAUAACAAAUGUACCACGGGAAUGAACAACUUUAUCAGGCUUCACCUUAAGAUAUCAGAUUGCGCCAGUUCGGUAAGAUUGGCAACCCUGCCAUGCCUGAUUGCAAGAUCGGUCGGCUUGCCGGACGGGAGCGAAGCUCUUCAAUCAAUCGGUGGAAUGUUGGAGAAGGUGAUCGGAAAUGGAUAUCAGCACGCAUAUCGCUCAGAGAAUCCCUAUGGGUUUCUUACAGAGGAAGGGCGACGUGGUACCGACAGGGCCUGCUUCCGCUAUCCCUACACCGAACUGCUGCAGUGGGCUCUCCUCACCUCCCACUUCUCUUUGGCUCAAUUCAUGGUAUUGUCGGGUGAGGAGGCGAUCGCUAAGGCUUUGCUUUCUGUGCGGAUCCUCCGUGGCAUGCGCAAAUUGAUGGACGCGGAGGUGGGAACAGAACUUAUAAAGGUUGUUUACGCUCAGGAAAAAGACUUUGAGAACCUGGCGGUAGAGUUACAAGAACAAUGUUACCGUCAAGACUCUGCUCAGGCGCGUCGCCUGCUGACAUAUGAGCGGUGCAACUUCUCUCGCAACACAUGUCUCUCUCUGGCAUACAUGUGCGAGUCCAAGUCCUUCAUUGCACACCCUUGUGCACAGACCAUUCUCUCUGACCUUUGGUACGGUGGACUACGCGAGGAUCGCUUUAUCUCGGCGAAAAUUAUGCUUAUUCUACUCGGUCUCUCGAUGCCGCCACUGUAUCCACUCAUUGCGCUCUGCUUUGCUCCAUUUGCAUCAAACUUCCUGGAAUUUAAGACAACAACAUCAUCGCCGUCGUCGUCUAGACGCUCUUCUUUAUCAAGUUCCAACAUCAAGGAUGACGAGGGGACACAGCCUCAACGCACCACGUCUGGGCCUUUGUGGAGAAAUCGAUUCUUCCAGGACGAGGUCGGGAUUGUGGAGAACAAGUCCCACCACACCGUAUUAUUGGACAAGGUCUCCAUUUUGGGCAAGGACCACAACAUCAGUGCUUCAAGUUCCUCGCUAAAUGAGAAUGGAGACAGGAGCGCUGUUCCACAACAGCAGGUCGAGAAUACACAACAAAGCGUACCACCGGAAGCCGAGAAUCUCGUAUCAGGGGUCGAACAGCCGCCCCAAAAGCACACCCGCGUACGCAUCUGCAGAUCCAUGGAUGACCUUGGAGUCAUUGCAAUGAGGGAAGAGGAGGUUCAAAUUCGUCAUCACAGACCACGUCAACUUUUGCUAAACUUGACACAGACCUCCCAAGCCCUUCGCUACUCUUGUCCUACCAACCUGGAUUUCGCGACAGCGCGGGCGGCCCCGGGGAACUCACGGUUAAGCGUAAUCUCUGGGGACAGCAAGCCGCCCUUGCCACCUAAGAGUCAGCCCUCGGAGACGCGAUUAGCACUCCCUGUAGCGCCAGUGCCAUUGCAGAGUCCGAGUGAAGGCUUGAAUGGGGAGGCGAGGAUUGCCGCUUACGACACCUACUACCCCAACGGUGGCUGUGGUGAUUAUGCUGAUGUGCGUUUGAAGCAGCAUCAACUGUCUUGGGGCACAAAGGUGUACAAGUUCUUCUCAGCACCCGUGACUCGAUACUAUCUCCAUGUGAUACUCUACCUGAUCUUCCUGCUCUUGUUCCUCCGCUACUGCCUUAUCUGCGUGCCCUACCAGUCGCUGAAUGCCUUCGAGGCGUACAUCUACCUCCACAUCCUCACUCACGCUAUCGAUCAAUUUAUAAGGUCUAAUUUGAAGAUAAGACAUUAUGCAGAACUGGGAGUUGGGCUACUUGGCGAAUGUCAGGGUGAUUUCAACACCUCUUCUGUCGUGGGUCUCAGCAGAUUCCGUAUCUACAGCAGCCACCUCAAUUUUAAUCACUCCUUCUGGAAUGGGCCAACUGACGCGAUCGCCACCUUAGUAUCUGAGUUACUCCAGUCGACAUUGUUAAGCAUACGAGGUCUGGAAGUAGCUUCACUACGACCUCACAUAGAUGAAUGCCGAACCGGUGAAGACUGGGACGAACUUCGUAUAGAAAUCAUGAAUCACCUCUUCACCCACAGCUUCUUCUCCGUCCUCGGGGUGAUUGUACGCAUGGUGGGUCUUCAAAAUCGCAUCGUCUUUCUUUGGGGACGCAACAUUCUCGUCUGCUGCUGUGCCUUCUGGUUGAUGAAAUUCCUCGAGUUUAUGAAAAUUUGGCGCUUCUCGGGACCCUACAUCUACGUCAUUGUGAAGAUGUUGAAGGCAAUGAUUCCACUUCUGAGCCUCGUCAUUUUGCCUCUGGUGGCCUUUGGCACUAUACGUGAAGGCAUUAUGGUGAUGAAUCGCACCCAUGUCACUGCGGAAAGCAUCAAGAACAUCCUCUUGAAGCCUUACUUAAUGCUCUACGGCGAGAUCGUUGCUCCCGAAAUUGAUCCCACGAACUGGGAUGCAAACCUGGAGGAGACACCCCUCUAUCAGAUGGUGCCAGUUAUGGGAGCUAUCUACCUCCUCUAUUCUAUCGUUCUCAUACUCAAUGUCAUCAUUGCUGUCUUCAACAGCAUCUAUUCUAGUGUACUGGUACAAUCAGAGCUUGUUUAUAAGUACCUCCGCUACUCCAUCAUUAUCGAAUACGAGUCGAGACCUCUGCUCCCGCCACCCUUCAUCAUCAUCUCUUGGAUCUACGCAGCCUGUCGAGGCGUCUAUAGACGUUGUCGAAAGCACCACCACCGCCUCUGUUUUUUACGAUGCUCAAAGCGUUGUUGUCAUUGUCGUCGAGAUGUACGGAAGUGGUGCCGAAAUAUUUGCCAUGGAUGGUCUUCAUCGUCAACUUCAGAGGUGCAUUCCUCAGGCCCAGAGGACUCAUUUGAUGUUGGACAAAUAUUUGCGCCCAGUGCCGCUACAUCCUCGUCAGGUCACCAGUCAGAUGGUCUGAAACUCUUCCUGACAUCGGUGGAGAUCGAAGAACUGCACGACUUUGAAGAGGAAUGCGUGGAGGACUACUGGCGGAGGAAGCAACGCAGUGAGAUUAAACAGUCAGAAUUGCAGCUCGAAAAUAUGAGUGUCAGGUUGGCAGGAAUACAAUACUGCCUGGACGAAGUGCAACUUCGACAACAAGAUCCACGAGGCCAAAUCCACUCACCGGAGGAGGUGCUUUCGUGUCUUGAUGAAUCUCAAUCCCAGAAGGCCAUCGUGAAUGCACCAGCUGAGAAGACGGAGCCCAACUUGCAAGAUCUUCGCAAAUUUAGCCAAGGUGGACACACUAGACUACCACCAACUUCGCGACAGCCUGCCAGUCAAGAAAAUGGCAUUAUUAAGGACGAUGUCAACGUUUCACAGCACCUACAAUUUUACAAAUCACUUCUAUAUCCAGUAAACUCUCAACUGGAUCUGAACACAGCUCACCAUGUCUCGCGCCAUACUGAUGGCUUGGGAAAGCGAGGCCGUCAUCCCUUCAAAACUAUCUCCCGCUUCAGAAAAGUGAAAUGUUGCAGUCGCAUCGAAGCUGCUUACGGUAGUGGUUGCAUCCAACAACCAGAUAAACACCCUCCAACUCCUCCUUGCCUUCCUUCUACCUCCUCAGCGGCGUCUCCCGGUGAUGUAGCCUAUGCGGAAGCCGAACGUAAUCAUUUAUCGUGGCGUAAAUGCGGCAGCGGGCGAUUCAGUGCCAAUAAACUGAAAAGCUCGACCAAUGACCUUCAUGAGGGAUUGGACGCAGAAGCCACCACGAUAGCCAAGGAUCCUCUCCACCUAGCCGAAGCAGUGGAGUGGGCUGAACUCGGUGGAGCCUUACUCCGCCGUUUCCAUCAAGUCUCUAUGAGGACUAAUGAGGAGAGGAUCCCACUGUUUCCGAAGACGUCUGCCACCGCCGCUGUUGAAGCUGAUGGUGUCACGACUAUUGCCACCACCGACUCUGCAGGAGGGACAUCUCAGACGUCUUCAGCGACAAUGGAGGGCGCCUGUGCCACGCGUGAUGUGUUGAUUGCGGCGGCAAAGGCGCUGAAAGUGGCAACGAGUGAAGAAUUGGCCCUUGAGGUUGUGGACCCUAACCUUAAUUUGGAUUACACCCCUCUUGCCACCUCGCCAAACCUUCCCUAUUUCCUUUCGGGCUCGACGACGGCCCAACCAGCGUCAACGGUGAGAGUGGAUUCACAUCAUGCAGGAGAAAGGGCGUUGCUUGAGAAGCUGUGUCUGCAAUGGCAUCAUGCACGCCACCAUUAA